UAAAGGCAGAUGGGAUAAUUACUCAAGCGGAACCUAUCGAUGCAGUGAUGCUGCUACGGCCGCGGUGUGUUUACAAAUAGUUCACUGAGAUCUCGCCGACCCAGUUUACGAGAACCUGCGAGAUUAGCGGACCAUUUCAGAUUCAAUAUGGCUGCCCAGACUACUACACAGAAAUUUAGUGAUAUAUACGAUCUAAAAGAAGAACUUGGGAAGGGUGCUUUUUCCAUUGUGCGAAGAUGUGUACAGAAAUCCACAAAUUUAGAGUUUGCUGCAAAAAUCAUUAACACAAAGAAAUUAUCGGCCAGAGAUCAUCAAAAGCUUGAAAGAGAAGCUAGAAUAUGUAGGCUAUUAAAACAUACAAAUAUAGUACGAUUACAUGAUAGUAUACAGGAUGAGGGGUUCCACUAUCUUGUGUUUGACUUGGUAACAGGAGGGGAGUUGUUUGAAGACAUUGUAGCCAGGGAAUUCUACAGUGAGGCAGAUGCAAGUCACUGCAUGCAGCAAAUUUUAGAGAGUGUUAACUAUUGUCAUCAACAUGGAAUAGUGCACAGAGAUUUAAAGCCUGAAAACCUGUUGUUAGCUAGCAAAGCCAAAGGAGCAGCUGUGAAGUUAGCAGACUUUGGUCUGGCCAUAGAAAUACAGGGCGAUCAGCAGGCAUGGUUUGGCUUCGCUGGAACUCCUGGCUAUUUGUCCCCAGAAGUCCUGAGAAAAGACCCUUAUGGGAAGCCUGUAGAUAUAUGGGCAUGUGGUGUGAUUUUAUAUAUCCUGUUGGUGGGCUACCCCCCAUUCUGGGAUGAGGAUCAGCACAGACUUUAUGCUCAGAUCAAGGCUGGGGCUUAUGAUUACCCUUCCCCAGAAUGGGACACGGUCACACCAGAGGCCAAGAAUCUCAUCAACAGUAUGCUGACAGUCAACCCUGCAAAGCGUAUCAAUGCCACAGAGGCACUGAAGCACCCCUGGAUAUGCCAACGUGAGAGAGUGGCAUCUGUGGUUCACAGACAGGAGACUGUAGACUGCCUGAAGAAAUUCAACGCCAGGAGGAAACUCAAGGGUGCAAUUCUUACUACAAUGUUGGCUACGAGGAACUUCUCUAGUGGUGGUUGGGGUGGAGGAGGUCAAGCAUUGUCAGCGACGGCCAAGGUCAACGGUGCAGCAUCUAAUGGCAACAUGGCAGCAAAACUAGCAUCUUCUCUUGUAGUAGAUUCUGGAAAACAGGCCGUCCCAACUGGAGAUCCACACAUGGAGCAAGCAUCGGCAUUGAAAGAUGCUGCAGUUGAUACAAAAGAUAGAGCAAAGAGUCCAUUAGGUUUAACUGGUGAAUCUAAAGGUACAGCCGCAUUUCCAUUCACCACACCUGAAGUGAAUAAGCAGCCCUCAACAAUGGCAUCAGUUCUGUUUGGUCAGCCGAAGAAAGAGCCAUCAAACUUCCUGGCAGCUUUGGUGUCUGGCCAGGCCAAGCAGGAAGUCUCCAAAGCAGUUGCAGUGUUAGCAGGACCAGAAACAAGUCGAACAGCUCCUCUUCCUGCUUCUGUAUCCAGGCAACCUCAACCUGAGGCCUCGAAGAUAGCCAGUUGUAUGAUGGGCACAGCUGGUCCUCCUGCUUCUGUACCUGGGCAACCUCAACUGGAGGCCUUGAAGAUAGCCAGUUGUAUGAUGGGCGGUGGCCGUAGUCUGAUGGCGAAGAAGAACGAUGGAAUCAAAGAAUCCACGGACAGUUCGGCCACUAUUGAUGAAUCUGAUGACACCAAAGGAAAAAGCGAUAUGGACAGGGGCAUCACUUUGACAGGGGGCAUCACUUUGACAGAAUUGCAGAUUAAUGAGUCCUCUACUGAUCCUCAAAAAACGCCGUGUAGAAAACAGGAUGUGAUCAAACUAACCGAGCAGCUGAUAGCAGCAAUAACUAGCGGCGAUUACGACGCCUACACCAAAUUCGUGGAUCCACAUAUGACAUGUUUUGAACCCGAAGCCAUGGGAAACCUAAUAGUUGGUAUGGAUUUCCAUAAGUUUUAUUUUGAUGUACAUACAAAGAACAAUAAGCAGAUCAACACUAGUAUAUUAAACCCUCACGUUCACCUGUUGGGAGAUGAUGCUGCUUGCAUAGCUUAUGUAAGGCUGACACAGUACAUAGACAGAAAUGGUCUACCUGUGACCACACAAGCUGAGGAAACCCGGGUCUGGCAGCGUAAGGAUAAUAAGUGGCAGAAUGUUCACUUCCAUCGGUCAGGAAGUCCUUCCGCACCCAACAAAUAGGUAGCAGUGGUUACCCGCCUUACAGUGGUAGGGGGGACCGCAGUGUUGCCAGAAGCAGAGGGACGGAGCCUUAGGGCUUGUUUUUGCUCAUUCUGACACUUGAGAUUUAUAUUUCCAGCUGGUCAUAUUGUUCUCGGGGGGCCGCCUAGCCCUAUGGCCUACUGCUGCCAUGCAUUUAUGUGGCCUGCGGGUGGAGCGUUGGAGGGAGGACCUGUUGCUACACAUUAUUUCUCUCUCAUUGGAGUGUAUGUAUAGGCUGACACUUGUCUGUUCUGUACUAGGGAUAACAACACACAUACCUGUGUAGCCGACAAGCACUCGUCAUGGUCAGCACACAAUGGUUACUUUACUAAUAAUACAAUUUUUUGUCACCAGCAUCAGGUAGUAAUUAUUCUAUGUAAAUUGGGCUGAUAUCUUAAAAAAAAUCUUUUUUGAUAAUGUUGAAUGAGUACUUUAAGAUCUACUGUCUUUAUAUAAUUAAUGUAUAGGAGCAUAAAAAUAGAUUUUGUGCUUGUGAAAUUUUUAUCUCAAAUUUGGGAUUGGAAAUUAGAAAUAUUAUUAAAACAACAACGCAUGAUUAUCUAUUACAUGAAAUUGUCUUUGAAGGCAUUUUUUAAAGAAAAAAUACAUAAAUUUAGUGAAUAUGUAGAAGAGUAUUACGAAACGAAUGUGUGACUCGUCUAAGGGUGAUCGUAGAGCUUUAGUCUUUUUAUUACACUCUAUGGAUAAAUUGUUACAGAGUACAUAACCAGAAUUAUUAAUUUUUCUUAUUGACUUUUAUUAUAAUUAUUAUCAAAUGCAAAAUAUAACUCUUGUAUCAUUAGUAUGAUAUUGUUAUUACAUGUAAAUGGCUUUACUAAGUAAUCUCAUGUGUUUAUAGGAGAGAAUGUGAGUAUGUCUAAUGUGGGGGAAAUCAGCACUUCUAGAUCAUUUAAAUACUGGUUUUGAAUGUUGAAUGCAUUGCGAUAUAUAUAAGUCCCUUUUUUCAGUUAUUGAUGAUAUGUGCAAUAUUGAUUAUGAUGUUUUGCCAAUUUUAAUAAGAUUUCCCCUUCCCUGUCAUUCAAUCCCCCACCCACAGCUACUUAGCUGUGUAUUUUGGUGGUAACCAAUUAUAUCAAUCAGAGAAGAAACACCACAGUUUAUUUAUAUAGAUCAUACCAAUCCCUUUUUCUUCUGUCAUACAAGUUAUUAGGGUUUUGAUCUGUUGUAAACCUAAUGAUUAAACAGCAGGGCAGUGGCUUAUCACUUCUACAUGUCCUGUAGUUUACAUAUAUAUUUGUGCAUAUUCAUUUACAUUUUACCAUAUUUAUCUAUAAUGGGCAUAUGUAGAUGUAUACCAAACCUUUUUGCUGAAUAUGGAUGUAUUUCAUUCUUAAAAUUGUAUAUAUUUUGAAAUCAUUUAGUUUUGAACCAAACUGUUAUACACUAUUUUAUGAUAUAGAUACAUUUGUUAUUUCCAGUGUGUGUAAGCUUGUCUGUAUGAUCACUUUUUUCUCCUCAAAGAAGUGACAUUUUAGGUAACCCUGGGUUGAUGAUAUUCCCAUUGUUUGUUCAUUUAAGACUUUGAACCUGCAGAUAUGUCACUCCAGUUUGCUCAUUCCUUCGAUAUCUUGAUCAUACUUCAUCUUUGUAUACACCCUCCCCCGUCCUUACCUUUGAAAUAUGCAAUUUUAAGCACCUCCCAGGCAACUCCACAUUUCCCCACCCAUUCCUCGAGCACUUGCUUUUACCCCUCCCUCCCCCCAUAUUCCUAUUUUUGUAGAUUAUAGGUAGGUUCAUCAGUAUGCAGUAUUGAUCAUGUCAGAAACAAUCAGUCUCAAGCUUCAUAAGAUGGUCUAUUCGUGAUGUACAUAAGCCAGCCUCAUUUUUCUCACCUUUAAAAUAGCUCUUGGCUCAUAGUACAUAAAACAGUGGACACUUCAAUACUAAAACAGUGGACACUUCAAUACUAAAACAGUGGACACUUCAAUACUAAAACAGUGGACACUAACAGUGAUUUGUUGGCAGAGUUUAUGGUUUCAUCUGAGAGAAAAGUACUUAAACGUUUCCAAGAAUUGGAAGUUUGGACAUAAUCUUCAAACAGAGCCGAUGUUAAUUUCAGUGUGUGUGUGCCAGUGUCAGUGUAAGGAGGGUUGGUUUGUAGAUAUAUUUUUAUAUGUCAAGUAGGUCUAACUCUGCCCAUGGUUGUCAUAUGAUUACUUGAGCCAUGCUGUAAAGUGUCAAUCAAAAUGGCUAAACUCAAAUUAUGCAGUUCACUAUCCAUCAAUUUACAGCUCUCUUGGUACAAAGUGCCUGCGAGCUUGUCAUGGUGUGGCAGAUUUUUACUUGAAACAACUUCCUCUUAAAGAAAAUAAGGCCUAAUGUCAUAACAUUUCACAUGUUGUUGUUUUUAAUGACCUUGACUUAUGUUCAAGGUCACACGGGUCAGAUAUAUUAAUAUCAUCAGUCAGUUUCUUGUAAUUAACCAGGAGACCAACAGAAUUAACUUCAGCCUGGAGUUACAAUUUCAAAUAAAUGACCUUGACAAAUAUUUAUAAAUAAAGAGGCCUAGAGUAUUUAUAUUGGCCUGUAGCUUGCUGAGUACAUUCAACAUCACAUUGGUAAAAUGUGCAAAUUUGGCCUGUAAGUGUAAUAGGGGGUACAGAUCCCACAAGGUCACAGAGGUCAAAUGUGUUGAAAAUUGAUACUAGUGUUUCUGUUAUUAUUCGGCUCAAUGAAGAAAUAUGAAAUGGCCACCAUGGCCUGAAAUCAGGGGAAACAUUUUUAUGUUUGAAAUAGAGGCAGGUGAGCAUUUUAGGCCACAUGGGCCUCUUAUUUUUAAGUCACGAAGAUAGUUUAUGCAAACUAUUGUAGACAUUAGGUUAGGAUAUGUAGAUGGUUAGUACAUAAAGCUGGCAAGCACAUGCUGUUUGUGAACAUUUAACAAGUCUCUUACUCUCAACCUAUUUGUUCAUUAUUAUAACUUUUAGGAUAUUUUGCUUUUUAGUACUAAAAUGAUUUUACUGUUUUUUUCUCUAAAAAUAAACUUUUUUUCCCAAAAGAGAUAAUUGAGCGUUUUUUAAAUAUGCUUAUCUUCUACAACACACGCUGUGGAGUACAACUAUCUCUUGCACUGAAAUGAGAUUGGUUUGUAUUCACAAACAUUUGAUGCAUUUCUUCCCUAAGAGAGUUGGAUGUCUACAAAGUGCUGACAUGUUAUUGUGUCAUGAAGAUAUUUUGAUAUUAUUACCAUAAUACAUUAUUCUGUCAUUUUUUCCAUAUUUUGUUGUUGUUACACGAGGCAUUUUGCUGAUAUGAUUUGUUUUUUGUCACUUGUCAUUGUGUUGCCACUUGUGGCUCCUGAAUGGCUACAGAAUGAUGCGUGGUACACUCCCACCAUUCUCAGGUGAUGAUCUUUUACAAACAUGCCAUUUUCUGGGCUUGUGUGACAGCCACCAUGUGAGAACAAAGAGUAAUGGAAGAUAAUAGAGUAAACCAACUUUUGAAUGUUCCUGUUGACCGGGCCUUUACGUCGGUCAGCAGUGGUAGUGUUGGUGGUGACCAGGAUAUACUGUUGACCGGGCCUUUACGUCGGUCAGCAGUGGUUUUGUUGGUAGUGACCAGGAUAUACUGUUGACCGGCCCUUUGCGUCGGUCAGCAGUGGUAGGGUUGGUAGUGACCAGGAUAUACUGUUGACUGGGCCUUUACGUCGGUCAGCAGUGGUAUUGUUGGUAGUGACCAGGAUAUACUGUUGAUCGGGCCUUUACGUCGGUCAGCAGUGGUUUUGUUGGUAGUGACCAGGAUAUACUGUUGAAUGGGCCUUUACGUCGGUCAGCAGUGGUAGUGUUGGUGGUGACCAGGAUAUACUGUUGACCGGGCCUUUAGGUCGGUCAGCAGUGGUAUUGUUAGUAGUGACCAGGAUAUCCUGUUGACCGGGCCUUUAGGUCGGUCAGCAGUAGUAUUGUUAGUAGUGACCAGGAUAUACUGUUGACGGGGCCUUUACGUCGGUCAGCAGUGGUAGUGCUGGUAGUGACCAGGAUAUACUGUUGACCGGCCCUUUGCGUCGGUCAGCAGUGGUAGGGUUGGUAGUGACCAGGAUAUACUGUUGACUGGGCCUUUACGUCGGUCAGCAGUGGUAGUGCUGGUAGUGACCAGGAUAUACUGUUGACCGGGCCUUUAGGUCGGUCAGCAGUGGUAUUGUUAGUAGUGACCAGGAUAUCCUGUUGACCGGGCCUUUACGAGGUCAGCAGUGGUAGUGUUGGUAGUGACCAGGAUAUACUGUUGACCGGGCCUUUACGUUGGUCAGCAGUGGUAUUAUUGGUAGUGACUAGGAUAUACUGUAUUACAAGCUAGGUGACAGGUAAAUGAACUUUAUGUUUAACCAUGUCCUCAAUCAUCGGGUCAUACUUCCCCACUGAUCUCAACUGUCUGUUUACUUGAGCUACUAAUCUUAUGCAGUUCUCCUAUUUAGUCCUGUACUCAGUUUUCAUAGAAGUUUUCCAAAAUGGAGGGUAGUUGCAUUUUUUUCUUCUCUUCAAACAAUUUUUUUUUCCAUUUCACAGCUUAGUUAUCAAAAGUAGAAGUUAUGAAAAAAAUAAAAAUAGAUAAUGUAUGUAAAAUAGCUAACAUUUUGAAUGAUAGUCUACAAUGUACACCCAAAGGCAAGGAUCAUUUAGCAAUAUUUUAUUAAAAAAAAAUCUUCUUUAAAAUCUAAAUGACCUAUUUCUUUAUUUUUAAAUUCUUUGGAAAUUGUGAUUUGGUGUAUUGUUGUAAGACAGUUAUAGGAAGCUGUUGGCACUGCCGAACAUAUACUAAAUAGGAUCCUGUAUCUCUUUGUUAAUUCACACCAAAAUAUAGCUGGCCACCAAAAUAAGCCAACCUGUGUUGUCUAUGUGUUACAGUCUAGGGACAAUCUGUCGUAUUAUCACAUGCAAAUUAAUUGAUGUCUACACUUUUUAUUAUUAAUAUAUUCUAGCAUUGUUCCUAGCCGUUUUGAAUACCAGUAGUUGAUGUUACGUAGUUUUCUAGUACGACACAUUUGGUAUAAGUUUUUUAUCAUAGCUUACAGCUCCUUGAAGGAGCCUUUCAUAUUUUCAAAACUAUCUUGUAAAUAUUUAACAUAUUAUUUGUCAUUUAAAAAAGGCAAUUGUGAGACUUUCGAAACACUAACCAUAUACAUGCAAGAUUGGGAGGAUGUGCUAUAGCAUCUGUGUUGGUACUGGCCGAACAUUACCUACAAUACUGUCAUGUAUAGGUUGGUACAGGCCGAACAUUACCUACAAUACUGUCACGUAUAGGUUGGUACAGGCCGAACAUUACCUACAAUACUGUCACGUAUAGGUUGGUACAGGCCGAACAUUACCUACAAUACUGUCAUGUAUAGGUUGGUCUGGUACAGGCCGAACAUUACCUACAAUACUGUCAUGUAUAGGUUGGUCUGGUACAGGUCGAACAUUACCUACAAUACUAUCACGUAUAGGUUGGUUUGGUACAGGCCGAAUAUUACCUACAAUACUGAUACACUAAGUAUUUUUGUUGUUUUAUUAGUAAAUGUUAAUUUCCUUCAAUUUGAAACAUUCCCUUUGAAAAUGUUUAUACAUUAGUACUUAGCCACUAGAUUGCAGUUGUAUGGUGUUAGAUACUGUGAAGGACACUUAUCAGGGUAUUUUACUGUAUUAUCAAUUUGUUUUGUAGUUUGUUUAAAAAGGGAGGCUGUCCUAGGCAAAGCUAAUGUGUCUACUUGGUGAUCAUAUUAACACUAGUCGAAAGGUUACAUUUGGGACUAUGUUAGCUCUUUACUUCACCCAACCAACAUCAUCAGCUUCGAAUUCUCAGUAGAACGGUUCGACUUACAUUGAAGACUUCUCUGACUGCACUUGUAAGAGGCAAAUAUUCGAUCUAGUUAUAAUGUUACUUAUUCCAUGGAGUAAUAAUGUUACUUAUUCCAUGGAGUAAUAAUGUUACUUAUGUCAUGAAGUGAUAAUGUUACUUAUGUCAUGGAGUAAUAAUGUUACUUAUGUCAUGGAGUAAUAAUGUUACUUAUGUCAUGGAGUAAUAAUGUAGCGUAUUCCACGUAGAUAUAAUGUAACUUAUUCCACGUAGAAAUAAUGUAACUAGUUCCAUGGAGUGAUAAUGUAACUAGUUCCAUGGAGAAAUAAUGUAACUUAUUCCAUGGAGUAAUAAUGUUACUUAUGUCAUGAAGUGAUAAUGUUACUUAUGUCAUGGAGUAAUAAUGUUACUUAUGUCAUGGAGUAAUAAUGUAGCGUAUUCCACGUAGAAAUAAUGUAACUUAUUCCACGUAGAAAUAAUGUAACUAGUUCCAUGGAGAAAUAAUGUAACUAGUUCCAUGGAGAAAUAAUGUAACUAGUUCCAUGGAGUGAUAAUGUAACUAGAAUAAGCGACUUGCGUCCACAGGUCCCAGUAACUAUGUUCCAGUGUAAAAGACUCCAGACAACAGUCAGGCUAACAGUUGUGCCAUAGUUAUUUUACAUCAUCACAGAAUCAAUCGGAGAAUGGCAAUAUUUCUAUCAAACUUUACAUGACAAUAUUUUAUUUAUUGUCUAUUUACAGAUUCUAAAAUCAAUUUUCAAACAUUUUAUCUUCCUUAAUAGCCUGAACAUUAUGAAAUAUCCUAAAUGGAAUAGCUCAUGUUAGAUAAAAAUUGAUGUAUUACAAAUAUUGUUUUGUUAUACCUGGUAUGCAGGAUAUAUGAGGUGCACAUCAUGUACACAACAUAAUGAUAUCAAAUUGUUAAGAAUCCUGCAUUGCCAUUCAUUUUAUAUAUUAUAACGAAUUUGAUUAAUAUGGUUAUUAAAAUUAAACUUUGAGAGUUCUGAAAUAUAAUGAUGAAAUUGAAACCAAGUGGAAAUUACCUUAUAUGUAUGAAAUGUGAUUUAAUCAAUAUUAUACUAUUUUGUAGUGCUGCUGCUAAAUUGAAAUCUGCAGGUCAGUCAGUCUUCUAUAUUAAAAGCAGUUUAGUAUCCAGUAAGUUUCUACUGGUUAUAUAUGUUGAUCAAUACACUAGAUACCCUUUCUCUUUCAAACCCAUUACAAACACUUAUGCCACCCAUUGUUUUCAUAUAUUAGGUGUCGUACACAUUUCUUCAUUGAAUUUUUUUCAACCGUGUAUGUAUGUGAUGUAGUGCUUAAACAAUUUAAAUGUAUCCCUUUUGAAUAAAACACAUCUCAAUUCUAUAAAA